AUGGACACCCUCCGCAGCUCUCACCUUCUCGUCCUUCCCGCCGAGCUCAUCAACCACAUCCUGAGCUUCCUCCGGCCCAUUGACCUCGCAACCACCUCACAAACCUGCCGACUUCUUCGCGACCAUGCCUGCGACGACGCCCUUUGGCACCCCUUCGUUCAGUCUUCCGUCCCCGGCCAAGUCUUGCCACGCCCCUCGUCGUCCUCCUGCCCAUCAUGGAGCACCUCCCCCUCCUACCGCGCCAUCUACGCCUCCCACCACCCCCACUGGUUCUUACCCCAGAACAAGCUCUGGUUCGCCGACACCGCACACACCGGCAAGCUGCUCAUAUCCCGCUAUGACCCACGCACAAACACCAUCGCGGCCUACGCCCUGGUAGCCGAGCGUGGCGGGCAUGAGUUCGAGCUAUGGGAGCAUAACAACGACGUCAUCAUUCACACCUUCGCCCCCAAAGUCCAGCUCGACCUUAACCAGCCUGUACUCAAGCUCUCUCCGCAUGCCUGGGCCCGCGCGGACAGCGAGAGCUGGCAGGGCAAGGGGAUGCGGUACCAGCGGGAGAUCCGGAUGGACUGCCACGGCGGCAGCCCCGCGCACCAGGGCAUCCACAGCACCUUCAUCCUGGCGCGAGCGCUUCCGGCCGACCAGAUACGCCCGACGACACAAGUCUGGCCGCCUCCGCUGAUCCCGGCCGCCGAGCGCGUGCGCAAUGAGAGCCACGACCGCCAGUACCGCUCGACGAGCCACCGGCCCACCAGCCUCUCCGAAGUCUCGACCUUGACAUUCCGCCUGCGCCGCUGGAUGGAGUUCUCCGCCCACGCCAAUAAUGCCGCCCUCGCUAUACCGCCCGCGCAUUACGACGCUUUCGCGGCACACCCCGGCAUCGGCGCGGCCCUCAACGGCCUCGCGACACUCAUCGCCAGACACGCGGGCGGCAUGCCUUUACGCAUGGGCGAGGACGUCGCCACGUACGCCACCCUUCCGCCUGAGCUGUACACACCCAGCAAGACGAAGCCGUACCAGGGCAUCUGGGUCGGAGACUACUCCGGCCACGGCUGCGAGUUUCUCCUCAUCGCGCAGCCGGACCGGCCGGGCCCACUGCCGUACAAGGCUGAGACGACGCUGAGGAGGAUUAGGGACAGAGGAGGCAGCAUGAGCAGCCAGGACAGUUGGGAGAGUGUCGGGGCGGGGAGUGCGUCCUCGUCUGCAGUGGCAGAGGAAGAAGACGAGGGCGAGGCGACGAGCGAUGACGAGGACAACGGGGCUCAAGGGGGGCCGGUCGGACCUGGCUUCAGCGCUCCCAAGGCAAGGGAGGAGAAGCCCAGGAAAGAGGAGGAGUGUAAGGGGAGGCUGGAGGCGAUCAAGUUGACUGGUGAUCCGAACAUCCCGAGGGGCGAGUACACCUUCAUCGUGCCCGAAAUCGGCGACGCGGGCCUGCUUAGGGUUGCAAGAGAAGCGACGUUCAGGGGCGCGAGGAUCGUCAGGAGUGUUGGUCACGUGGCGGAUCACGGGUUCAGGGAUGACGAGUUCAUCCCCAGCCAGCUCGUCCUGAUAAGCCACGACAGGCUAGCGCAGUACUGGGAGAAUUUUGGCCACGUCAGCUUUUACGAACGUGUCGACAUUGACAAGUUCCUCGCUGUCGAGUGA